CUUUUCCCCGCCCGGGCGCCGCCGCCACGCCAGCUGCGCGCGCUGCGCUAUCCUACCGACCACCUUCUGGACGUCUCUCUCCGUCUUCCGCGCCUCCACCCCACGCGGUUCAUUCGCAACCCGCGGCGGCUCCUCUCCUCGCUUUCCGUCCUACCCCAGGACGGAGGGGUCUCGCCGGCGACAUGGCUCCCUCAAUCGCGCCGCCUUCUUCUCCUUCGUGCCUCCGUGGGAAACUCUUUACACGGUUCACUGGUACCAACAGUCAGCCCAUCAAUUCUGUCUUGCGCUGCGAUAUUUCAGUUUCACCAACUUUGGCAUCAAACAGUUUAAGGAGAACCAGUUCGCUUCACUUGGCAAAUAAUAAUCGAAUCAAAAGCUUUCAUGUAUGUCAUGCUGGGGUUGAUCCUUCAGAACGUAUUGUUAUAAAUGGUCAGGCCAGUCCAUCUAAAACUGUUCAAGCUGAUGCUGCUGCAUUGGGGACCAUAGCUGCUGACAUGGCUCCUGUCGUCGAUGGGUUUUCAGCUGAUGAUGAUGAACUUGACCUAGAUUUGCCUACAGAGGGUUUCUCAUCUAUACCUGAAGCUAUUGAAGAUAUUCGCCAAGGAAAAUAUGUGAUUGUUGUGGAUGAUGAAGACAGGGAGAACGAAGGAGAUCUUAUAAUGGCAGCAUCCACGGUAACACCAGAGGCUAUGGCUUUCAUAGUGAGGCAUGGCACUGGGAUUGUAUGUGUCAGCAUGAAGGAAGAUGACCUGGAAAGACUACAACUUCCUCUUAUGGUAGUGGCAAAGGAAAAUGAAGAGAAGCUGCGGACAGCCUUUACUGUUUCAGUGGACGCUAAAGAGGGCACAACAACAGGGGUUUCAGCCAAGGAUCGGGCAAACACAGUUCUAGCACUUGCAUCUCCUUAUUCUAAGCCUGAGGACUUCAACCGUCCUGGACAUAUCUUUCCUCUUAAAUAUAGAGAAGGUGGUGUCCUCAAAAGGGCUGGGCAUACUGAAGCAUCAGUAGACCUUGCCAUGUUGGCUGGGUUACCUCCUGCUGCAGUUCUUUGUGAAAUUGUUGACGAUGAUGAUGGUUCCAUGGCUUUGUUGCCAAAGCUGAAAGAAUUUGCAGAGAGGGAGAACCUGAAGAUAGUCUCAAUUGCAGACUUGAUUAGAUAUAGGAGAAAGAGAGACAGACUGGUAGAACGUCUUUGUGUCACACCAUUACAAUUACAGUGGGGGUCAUUUGAAUCCUAUUGCUACCGCUCUCUUAUUGAUGGGAUGGAGCACAUUGCAAUGAUCAAGGGUGAUGUUGGGGAUGGCCAGGAUAUUCUAGUGAGAGUCCAUUCAGAGUGCCUAACUGGAGAUAUAUUUGGAUCGGCGAGGUGUGAUUGUGGGGGCCAACUUGCCCUGGCGAUGACCAUGAUCGAGAAGGCUGGUCGGGGUGUGGUGGUUUACCUACGUGGCCACGAAGGCAGGGGCAUUGGGCUGGGUCACAAGCUCCGGGCAUACAAUUUACAGGAUGCUGGACGGGAUACUGUUGAGGCUAAUGAGGAUCUUGGGUUGCCUGCCGACUCCCGGGAGUACGGUAUAGGCGCGCAGAUACUACGUGAUCUUGGCGUCCGAACCAUGAGGCUGAUGACUAACAACCCGGCGAAGUACACUGGACUCAAGGGCUACGGUUUAAGUGUCCUGGGAAGAGUGCCGCUGUUGACACCAAUAACUAAUGAGAAUCGGCGUUACAUGGAAACAAAGAGGUUGAAGAUGGGGCACAUCUACGAAGACCCUCCUAAUGGCCAUACAAGUGGCAUGAGUGACGAGGAGCAACAUCAGGAGGAUAGUGGCAGCGAACAAGAUUAGACCCUAGAGCCUUAAUAAAUGUCUUCAUGUUUCUCCCGGCAAUAAAAAUAAAACCCUCAAAUUUGUUAUGAGCAGUUCUUUUUCCAAUUUUGAUUAUACAUAUGUAGUUACUAUUUGUAGAUGAUGUAUAUUAGUCUGGUCUAAGCAUGUGCCAUGUGCAAAAAUAUAUUCUCAUGUACUCCCUCCACCUUGGUUUGUAAGGUUUGCACGCAUUUCAGUAAAAACUUUGAUCCUUUUCAAUAAGAAGCUUUGAUCAUUAAUUUGGUCA